AUGGGCUGUCCUUGGGCGCAUCGCACGAACUUGGUGCGCAGUUUGAAAGGACUUGAGCAGGUUGUGCAGUUGAUUGUGUGGGAUACCUCCCUGGUACAUGAGAAGAAGGGAUGGGAAACAAUUGUAAACAACGAGUCUAGUGAGAUCAUCCGGAUGUUUUAUACCGAGUUCGAUGCGCUCAUCCCAGAACAUCUCCGAGAGUCUAGUAAGGGCGACAAAGCUAUCUUGCCAGACCACUUGCGCAAGGAUAUCGACGCCAUGAACGAGUGGGUGUACGAUACGAUUAACAAUGGCGUAUAUAAGACUGGUUUUGCGCAGAGUCAGGAGGCAUACGAAGAGCACGUCUACCCCGUUUUCGAGUCUCUCGAUCGCUUGGAGGAACACCUUUGCCAAUCAGGCCACGGGCCGUAUUUGUUCGGCGAUCACAUCACUGAGGCAGAUAUCAGGUUGUAUCCCACACUCAUCAGAUUCGAUGUUGCAUACUUCACAAUCUUCAAAUGCAACCUAAAGAUGAUCCGGUAUGAAUACCCGCAGCUCCACGAUUGGCUGCGCAGGUUGUACUGGGAUGAGAGUGAAGCGACAAACUACGGUGCUUUCAAGAAGACAGUUGAAUUCCAAGCGUACAAGGAGGGAUACUCGAAUGCUACGAAGGCGAAGAUCGUACCUGCAGGACCGAAACCUGAGAUCAUGCCCUUAUAG